GCGAGAGGUGCUGCAGGGGACGCGAGGGAAGUGGCGGCGCCGGGAGCGGACAUCUGGGACUGCACCCAGGGCUGGAGCCGGAGCUCCUGGAGUUUGACUGACUUAUGUGCGAUUUGGGAGCCUGGAGUUUUCCUGCCCUCUGUCGACAGGAGCAGAGCCUCCGCUGGUGUUGUGAAAAGCAGGCCGAAUGAGGCAGAGAAGCUGAACACUGUCUGGAAAGCCCACAUAGAGCGGCACAAGGCAUCAAGAGCCCCUGGGCCGGGCAGCGGGGAGCAGGGCCUGGUGCUGAGGAUGGCCAGGCAGCAGGCGCCACCCUGGAUCCAUGUAGCCCUCAUCCUCUUCCUCCUCAGCCUCGGAGGGGCCAUUGAGAUUCCGAUGGAUCUGACCCAACCCCCAACUAUCACCAAGCAGUCUGUGAAGGACCACAUCGUGGAUCCCCGCGAUAACAUUCUGAUUGAAUGUGAAGCUAAAGGCAACCCCGCCCCCAGUUUUCACUGGACUCGCAACAGCAGAUUCUUCAACAUUGCCAAGGACCCUCGGGUGUCCAUGAGGAGGAGGUCUGGGACCUUGGUGAUCGACUUCCGCAGUGGCGGGCGGCCUGAGGAGUAUGAAGGGGAGUACCAGUGCUUCGCCCGGAACAAAUUCGGCACUGCGCUUAGCAACCGCAUCCGCCUGCAGGUGUCCAAAUCACCCCUGUGGCCCAAGGAAAACCUAGACCCCGUUGUGGUCCAAGAGGGCGCCCCUUUGACACUGCAGUGCAACCCCCCACCUGGCCUCCCGUCCCCCGUCAUCUUCUGGAUGAGCAGCUCCAUGGAGCCCAUCACCCAGGACAAGCGUGUCUCCCAGGGUCAUAACGGGGACCUGUACUUCUCCAACGUCAUGCUGCAGGACAUGCAGACCGACUACAGCUGCAACGCGCGCUUCCACUUCACCCACACCAUUCAGCAGAAGAACCCCUUCACCCUCAAGGUCCUCACCACCCGAGGAGUUGCAGAAAGAACGCCUAGCUUCAUGUAUCCCCAAGGCACUUCAAGCAGUCAGAUGGUACUACGCGGCAUGGACCUGCUGCUGGAGUGCAUUGCCUCUGGGGUCCCAACACCAGACAUUGCAUGGUACAAGAAAGGUGGGGACCUCCCAUCUGACAAGGCCAAGUUCGAGAACUUUAACAAGGCUCUGCGCAUCACCAAUGUCUCCGAAGAGGACUCCGGGGAAUAUUUCUGCCUGGCCUCCAACAAGAUGGGCAGCAUCCGGCACACGAUCUCGGUGAGAGUAAAGGCUGCUCCAUACUGGCUGGACGAACCCAAGAACCUGAUCCUGGCUCCCGGUGAAGAUGGGAGGCUGGUGUGCCGAGCCAAUGGGAACCCGAAGCCGACCGUGCAGUGGAUGGUGAACGGAGAGCCUUUGCAAUCGGCACCACCCAAUCCCAACCGUGAGGUGGCCGGAGACACUAUCAUCUUCCGGGAUACUCAGAUCAGCAGCAGGGCAGUGUACCAAUGUAACACAUCCAACGAACAUGGCUACCUGCUGGCCAAUGCCUUCGUCAGCGUGUUAGAUGUACCCCCUCGGAUGCUGUCUCCCCGGAACCAGCUCAUCAGGGUGAUCCUGUACAACCGGACACGGCUGGACUGUCCGUUCUUUGGAUCUCCCAUUCCAACACUCCGAUGGUUUAAGAACGGGCAAGGAAGCAACCUGGAUGGUGGUAACUACCACGUCUACGAGAACGGCAGUCUAGAAAUCAAGAUGAUUCGCAAAGAGGACCAAGGCAUCUAUACCUGUGUGGCCACCAACAUCCUGGGCAAAGCUGAAAAUCAAGUCCGCCUGGAGGUCAAGGACCCCACCAGGAUCUACCGGAUGCCCGAGGACCAGGUGGCCAAGAGGGGCACCACGGUGCAGCUGGAGUGCCGCGUGAAGCACGACCCCUCCUUGAAGCUCACAGUCUCCUGGUUGAAGGACGACGAGCCGCUCUAUAUUGGAAACAGGAUGAAGAAGGAAGACGACUCCCUGACCAUCUUUGGAGUGGCAGAGCGGGAUCAAGGCAGCUACACAUGUAUGGCUAGCACCGAACUGGACCAGGACCUGGCAAAGGCCCAGCUCACUGUUCUAGCUGAUCAGGCCACUCCAACUAACCGUUUGACUGCCCUGCCCAAAGGGCGGCCAGACCGACCCAGGGACCUAGAGCUCACUGACCUGGCUGAGAGGAGUGUGAGGCUGACCUGGAUCCCAGGGGAUGACAACAACAGCCCUAUCACAGACUACGUCGUUCAGUUUGAAGAGGACCAGUUCCAACCAGGGGUCUGGCAUGACCACUCCAAGUUCCCAGGCAGUGUCAACUCAGCCGUCCUCCAUCUGUCCCCAUAUGUCAACUACCAAUUCCGAGUCAUCGCUGUCAACGAGGUCGGGAGCAGCCACCCCAGCCUUCCGUCCGAGCGGUAUCGCACCAGCGGGGCACCCCCUGAAUCCAAUCCCAGUGAUGUGAAGGGUGAAGGGACAAGAAAGAACAAUAUGGAGAUCACGUGGACGCCUAUGAAUGCUACCUCUGCCUUUGGCCCCAACCUGCGCUACAUUGUCAAGUGGCGGCGGAGAGAGACCCGAGAGACUUGGAACAAUGUCACAGUGUGGGGUUCUCGCUACGUGGUGGGGCAGACGCCUGUCUACGUACCCUACGAGAUCCGAGUCCAGGCUGAAAAUGACUUUGGGAAGGGCCCCGAGCCUGACACCGUCAUCGGGUACUCGGGAGAAGAUUAUCCCAGGGCUGCGCCCACUGAAGUUAAAAUCCGAGUCCUGAACAGCACAGCCAUCAGCCUUCAGUGGAACCGAGUCUACUCUGACACGGUCCAGGGCCAGCUCAGGGAGUACCGAGCUUACUACUGGAGGGAAAGCAGUUUGCUGAAGAACCUGUGGGUGUCUCAGAAGAGACAGCAGGCCAGCUUCCCUGGUGACCGUCCCCGGGGCGUGGUGGCUCGCCUGUUCCCCUACAGUAACUACAAGCUGGAGAUGGUUGUGGUCAAUGGGAGAGGUGACGGACCUCGAAGUGAAACCAAGGAGUUCACCACCCCGGAAGGAGUACCCAGUGCCCCCAGGCGUUUCAGAGUCCGACAGCCCAACCUGGAGACCAUCAACCUGGAGUGGGACCACCCAGAGCACCCCAACGGAAUCCUGAUUGGAUACACUCUCAGAUACGUGCCCUUUAAUGGAACCAAACUGGGAAAGCAGAUGGUGGAAAACUUCUCUCCCAACCAGACCAAGUUCUCGGUGCAGAGAGCAGACCCCGUGUCGCGUUACCGCUUCUCCCUCAGUGCCAGGACGCAAGUGGGCUCUGGAGAAGCAGCCACGGAGGAGUCCCCAGCACCUCCAAAUGAAGCUACUCCGACUGCAGCUCCUCCCACAUUGCCCCCGACUACCGUGGGUACCACAGACCUUGUGAGCAGUACUGAUGCUACUGCCCUUGCUGCCACCAGUGAAGCCACAACAGUUCCCAUCAUUCCAACCGUCGUACCUACCACCGUCGCCACCACCAUUGCCACAACUACUACAACCACUGCCGCCGCCACCACCACCACCACUACGGAGAGUCCUCCCACUACCACCACUGGGACUAAGAUUCACGAAACCGCCCCCGACGAGCAGUCCAUUUGGAACGUCACGGUGCUCCCCAACAGUAAAUGGGCCAACAUCACCUGGAAGCACAAUUUCAGGCCUGGAACUGACUUUGUGGUUGAGUACAUCGACAGCAACCAUACGAAAAAAACUGUCCCUGUUAAGGCCCAGGCCCAGCCUGUACAGCUGACAGACCUCUUUCCCGGGAUGACGUACACAUUGCGGGUAUAUUCCCGGGACAACGAGGGCAUCAGCAGUACCGUCAUCACCUUUAUGACCAGUACAGCUUACACCAAUAACCAGGCAGACAUCGCCACCCAGGGCUGGUUCAUCGGGCUCAUGUGUGCCAUUGCCCUACUGGUGCUGAUCCUUCUCAUCGUCUGCUUCAUCAAGAGGAGUCGCGGUGGCAAGUACCCAGUGCGAGAAAAGAAGGAUGUCCCCUUGGGCCCUGAAGACCCCAAAGAAGAAGAUGGCUCAUUUGACUACAGUGAUGAGGACAACAAGCCCCUUCAGGGCAGCCAGACAUCUCUGGAUGGCACCAUCAAGCAACAGGAAAGUGACGACAGCCUGGUGGACUAUGGCGAGGGAGGCGAGGGCCAGUUCAACGAAGACGGCUCCUUCAUCGGCCAGUACACUGUCAAAAAGGACAAGGAGGAAACAGAAGGCAAUGAGAGCUCAGAGGCCACGUCGCCAGUCAACGCCAUCUAUUCCCUGGCCUGACAGAACAUCCCAGGCACAGUGCUACUUUGCAAGUAGGAGGGGAGAGGGGAGAUGAAGCAACUGCAGACCUACCACAAAGCCACAACACCUUCAGGGACAAGGGUACAACAUGGGGGUCUGCCAAGCUGUGAGGACCAGUGACCACCCAGCUACCCACAACCCCCUCCUAGCGAUGCCCCAUUACCCUUGGGUGCCAUUAGAUGGGAAAAUUAGAGCUACACCCAUUGGAAGGAGUCCUAGUCCGUUGCCCUGUCUCAUGGCCAUCCUGAGCGUCCCACCACAAUGGCUGCCCUUGAUCUCCGCUCACGCUUGUUCAUUUCUAUUUAUUGCUUACAAUAUUUUCAUUC